AUGAUUGGCCACUCUCCCUUGGUAGAUUUUCAAAACAACCAUCUCAUAUCGGUGAUCCGAGUGUUCAGAGAAGUUAAAGCAUUCACCGCUGUUAUUGUGCAGUUGUUGUUGAAAUUCUUGGCUAUUCCACUUUCGAAGACAAGAUCGAGAAGCAUAUGGACAGCAGUCUCAAGAUAUAUAUCCAAAAGUAAAGUGGUACCAGAAGAAAAAGUUGAUACUAAUAUAAAUGAGUUGCAACACCUUGAUGCUGCACUAUUCAGAUACAGGACAAGCAACAAACUGGAAUUCAUCCAAACCGUACGAAAGAGACUAGAGGAAUUUGAGGCUACUGUCGACAGCAUCAACUCUCACUUGGAAUCAAUAUCCAGGCACCUGAUUUCAACCAGAACCUCACUUCUUAACUUCAUCUCUUUCUACUAG